AUGGAAUAUCAGUCCCUCAUGCUCUUGAAAGAUCCAGGUCGGAUCAUCGGGUUGACCUAUCGCUCGUCAGAUCUGGACAGCCAAGAGAUGUCUGAAAGCGCUAAGACGUACGACCCCAUUCCAAUGUUUCUUCCCGUCAGCUACCAGGUGCGAAACGCCGAUUACUUCCUGUUGAAAGAGGCGGGACAGGAUAUCAUGAGAAAUUCGAGCAUGCAGAGCCAUACCCAGCCCUUCGUCAUUCUCCGCGCACGGCGCCCCCCUCUGAUCAAUGCUAGCUACGGCCCCCUGUCCAUGGAGAGGCAGAUUCCGCUCGACCUGCUGCAGUCGGUCCAGCUGUUCAGGCCUUCUCCGCCGGUAUUCACCUACAACUGGAAGGUCCAGUCCUUUGUCCUGACCAGACUCGUCUACUCCUCCUUACCCAAGGUCCGUGUUCUGUUCUACGUGGCGGGGAGAGACUGGAACAGGGGAGAUAAGGCUAAGGGGACGAGGGACGAACUCCCGUGCGUGACCGUCUACGCGUUCUGGCAGACGCAGGAGGUGAGGGGAUCGUGCGUGAUCGGAGGAGAACGAGGGACUUGCAUGGCGGAGGUGGACCUCCCCUCCGGCUGGUUCAGCCCCACGGAGGGGAGGUCCAGCCGGGAGAGGCAGGGCCCGGCGCAGGGGAACUCUGUGGAGCUUUAUUACCAGGCCCAGGCCAGCAGCUACGGCAGGUGUGCCGGCGGGGGGGAGGUGGGGAAGGGGUGGGGGGGCGGGGGGGCCGACGGGCAGUCCCAGGCGGAGUACAUCCCCGUGACGCCCAUGAAGAGGAUCGGGAGCGUCCGUCUCCUUCAGGUUCGGCAGGGCGGCGGAACCCUGUCCCAGCUCUUACUGGGAGACGCCAUCGUGAUUCAGACCUCAUCCAAACCACUCAGGAAGACAGACAUCGCCUCCUUCUACGUCUAUAUGAAGAGUUCAUCCAACUUGGACACAUUUUCCCUCAGGGCUAUGGUUAAAAAGGGCGUGUCGUUUCGCAUGGCCACACCCAGCAACACCUUGAUAUGGGACAUCACCUUGGAUACAGGCUUGGCUGGGAGCGUUGGAGUCAUCUGCCAGAGGAGAUCAAGUAUAACUGGAAAAAGAUCAAACAAACUUGUGGAGAUCCUGCAGAUGGAUUUUGAAGUGGAGGACGUCAGCAACCAAUCAGAAAUCCAAGUGAUCACCUGGGAGCUGGCACUUCCCGAUAAUGUCAAAAUGAUGGGUCAAUCAGAGGGCACCAUGAGAAUUUACACUGCCCAGAGAGACUUUGUGGGCUUGGCUCCUCUGGUAAUGAACACGGAGCUCAUGAACACGGCUAUUCUGACCGGUAAACGUGUUGCCGUGCCGGUGAGAACGGUUGCCGUGGAGCAGGAUGGAUCCAUUACAGACGUCUCUGAUUUUACCGACUGUGCUUCCACCGAUGAAGAUGUCCUCAAGGUGUCAGACAGGUGCGACUACGUCUACGUGAACGGCAAAGAAACGAAAGGUCGUCUGCGGAUGCCGGUGAACUUCACCUACAGUUAUCUGAGCGCUCAGCUGGAGAUGAAGGUUUGGAUUCCACGUCUGCCCCUGCAGAUCGAGCUCUCUGAUAAUGAACUCAGUCAGAUCAAGGGCUGGAGGAUCCCUAUCACAUCCAGCAAGAGGUUGGGGUGGAACAGUGAGGAAGAGGGGAAAAGCAAAGGUUGUACGCUACAGUUCCAGCAUGCGCUCGUCAGCGUCCUCACGCACUUUGUGGCCGAACAGUCGGACCCCCGGGAACCACAGGCCUAUUUCCUCGGCUCCGACUGGCAGGUAGACGUCACCAGGCUGGUACAGUACUUCUUGAAAGUGGAAGACCCCGGCAUCGCCCGUCUGCAGGGUGGCAGGGUGUUGGCAGGGCGUGACGUGGGCACCACCUCUUUGAAGGUCUUGUCUCCCCUGUCAGACUCUAUCCUGGCAGAGAGGACCGUGAGGGUGCUGGAUGACAAAGUCACUAUCGCAGAACUGGGACUACAGCUGGUCAGUGGACUCUCUCUCAGUCUACAGCUCAGCACAGGAAGUAACCGAGCAAUCACUGCCACGGCAACCACACAAGAAGUGCUGCAAACCCCCAAACAGGAGGCUGUGCUGAGCUCCUGGUUACAGUUCAGCGACGGUUCCCUCACACCCCUGGACAUCUAUGACCCUGCUCACUAUCGGCUGGCGGUGACCUCUCUGGAUGAGGGCAUAGUGUCAGUACGAGAGCAGCCCUUGGCUGUCGUGGCCCAAGGAGAAGGGCAGGGGGCACUGGUGAGGGCAGAAAUGACCAUCUGUGAAGCCUGCCAGAAAUCCAAACGGAAGAGCACGUUAGCCGUGGGCAGCGGGAACCUGAAAGUGACCUUCCAGGUGAAGGGGAAACGGGUAGAGGGGAGCAGUUACAACGCGAGCAGCAACAGCAGCGUUGGCGGUAACGGUCCCGUCACAGGAAGUGGGUCGGGUGGGGUCGCCGCGGGUGGCGGUAAGGACAGCAGCACUGACUACGGGAGCGACGGAGAGGAGAUGGAGGGCGAGAAGAAACUGCAGCAGCCGGAGCCAGCGCUGACCAGCAGCUCCGCCUCAGAGAGAGAAGAAAGCGCUUUGAGGAAGAUUACCACCACCGUCCGGUCCAUGGACAGAGCCUCCGCCCAUGGGAGUGUCCCCAGUAACCCAGGCGCAUGGACGGGGCGAGCAAGCGAUGCCAGGGGAGUCAGUAAACCCGGGGUUGUUUUGACUAACGGGAAUUUUAUCACUCCGGUCCGACCACUCGGCAACGUCGAGGACGGGAGCCUCAGGACCGAGAACGAUGGUGGAGGCCCGGGAAAUUCCGUAGUGAGUGCCAGCAAAGCUCCAGGAAACCUGGUGAACUAUAAUAACUAUCCCGCCCAAGUUGAGGUGCCCAACUGGAGUGGGAAAAACGAUGAUCUUGGCGAUGAUGACGACGACGAUGUCAUCAACAGCAUCGAGGGACCGUUAGGGAAUCGUCCACUCACCGACCUGGAGAUCGGGAUGUACGCUUUGUUGGGUGUCUUCUGCCUGGCCAUCCUGGUCUUUCUGGUGAACUGCAUCUCGUAUCUGGUGAAAUUCCGGCACAAGCAGGCGCCCUCUCAGGGUCCUGAGCACGGCGGGCACCGUCACGACUGGGUGUGGUUGGGCACUGACGCCGAACUGGUCAUGGACGUGCCGGGGAGCCCGUUACAUCACGACGAGCACAGCACCACGGUUAUUGACAUCGGAACCAACGGCGAUAACUGCGGCACCCUAACCCGCAGGUCGAGCUGCCAGAUCGCCACGGUGGGGGACACCAACAUGGGCUGUGUGGGGUCCCUUAGAACCAAAACGAACAGAAGCGAUUCCCUCCAUUCUCCAACCAGUAAGAGAAAACGGGUGCAGUUUACCACCUUCACCACUCUGGAACGCCAGUCCUCGAUGAACGGGUCUCCGGUAGAGAACGGACACGGCAUUGCAUGGGUGGGACAGGACGAGAACUGUGCGCCAGUUCAGGUACCAGUCGCCAGGUCUCUGGAACAGCUAUGA